AUGACGAAGCGACAGGCGUCGCCGGAAGACCUCGGUCCGCUCGACCGGCGACCAUACAAGCCCUUGGACAUGGAUGUGGCCUGGUGCAGGGUGCUCUAUGGUGGCUACCUCGAUUCGUUCGCCGUCGUGCGGACGCUAAGCAUGGUCUGCCACGCCUUCCGCGAGCUCGCCCGGCACCAUGCCCGUAUCAUGGACCUGCACUCGACACGCGAGACCCACGAGCUCCUCGCACGCUGCGUGCUACCACGGUAUCCGUCCAUUGUGCGCCUCUCACUCAAGUGGACGCUCUGUACGGACGCGACACUGGCGCUCGUGGCCCAGCACCUGCCCCGUCUGACGCACCUGAACCUCCACGGGUGCAAGAGCAUCUCGGACGAUGGCUGUAUGCACCUCGCACAGCUCUCGCACCUGCAGUUCCUGGACCUCUCGUUUUGCCCGCGCAUUGGCGACGCCGGGCUGCAGCACCUCCGCGCCCUGCGUCUCGAGUCGCUCAAGCUCAACAUGUGCCGAGACGUGACCGACAUUGGCCUCUUGGAGCUUCAUGGCAUGUCAUCGCUGCUGGAGCUCGGCUUGAGCUGUACACAAAUCACGUCGGCGGGGCUCACGGGCGUGGCCAGCAACUGCGCCAUGAGUCUACAAGUGCUCGAUCUCUCGGGCUGUGCGGUUGACGACGCGAGUGUUGCUGCCGUGUUAAAGGCCGCGCCGAGGCUCUGGUACGUCACCCUCGCGCACUGCGAGCUCCUCACUACGCACUUUUGGCAGCUCACAAAGUCGUUUGGUCUCACGUCUCUCCGCGUGCUCGAGCUGCGGGGCAACCGCAACAUGCUCGCACUCAGCGCGGACCCGAGCGCCCCGUCCGCGCGGUCGACCGAGCGCCAGACCCGCCUCUGGUCGGUGCUCUUCGCCAAGCAGUGCCCGCACCUGGCCUUUCUCAACAUUGCGUCCUGCGACUGCCCGCCAGAGCUCAAGAAGAAGCUCAUGGAGACCAUGCCCAAGCUCGUCGUCGACGAUGGCGUGGCCGACUUCCCGAUCGGGUGCAGCUGCGAGCGCGCCCGCGACGCCGAGAGCCCACCCACGUCUCGACGCGCACGCCUGCCACGCCAAGCCCGCCCGCACUAGACCAAGGUCGCAUCAUAAACACACGCUGCUGGCGCAUUACAUAAUGUACA